CUCCUCUCUCCGUCUUUUUCUUUGCUUUUUCUUCUUCUUCUUCUUCUUCAUAAUUUCCUCUCCUUUCGCGAACUUUCGGUUUCUCUCCUCCGAGGUCUUCUUCUACUUCUUCUUCUUCGGCUGCAGGAAAGGCGUGUACCUUUUUUUCUUGUUGCCUGCGGGUCGCUUGGUUUGUCCGUGGUGGAUUGUUUCAUAGUACAUCCGGAUUAUGAGGUGAUUGCUGCAGUCAAAAUCAUCAGUUGACAAUUGAUCUGCGUGGAUAUGGGUUAUCUUAAUUCAGUUUUCUCUACAAGUGGCACACAGAUUGAUGAUGGCCCCGUUUCUGGUGGAGGUCUCAGUCAAGAUCGCAAGUUUAGCUAUGGAUUUGCAAGUUCCCCAGGGAAGAGGUCCACAAUGGAGGACUUCUACGAGACCAGUAUUGCUGGAGUUGAUGGAGAGAUAGUUGGUUUGUUUGGAGUGUUUGAUGGGCAUGGUGGUGCUCGAGCAGCUGAGUAUGUAAAACAGAAUCUCUUUAGUAACUUGAUUAGGCAUCCGGAGUUCAUCAGCAAUACUAGAUCAGCCAUAGCCCAUGCAUACAACCAGACAGAUUCUGAUUUUCUCAAGUCAGAGAAUAGUCAGAACAGAGAUGCGGGCUCAACAGCAUCAACUGCUGUUCUUGUUGGAGAUCGUUUGCUUGUUGCAAAUGUUGGUGACUCUCGUGCUGUUAUCUGCCGUGAUGGAAAUGCAAUAGCUGUUUCACGAGAUCACAAGCCAGAUCAAACUGAUGAGCGGCAAAGGAUUGAGGAUGCUGGAGGUUUCGUAAUGUGGGCAGGUACUUGGAGGGUUGGUGGUGUUCUUGCUGUUUCCCGGGCUUUUGGUGAUAGGCAAUUGAAGCAAUAUGUUGUUGCAGACCCGGAAAUUAAGGAAGAGGUGAUUGAUGGUUCUCUUGAAUUUCUUAUACUUGCAAGUGAUGGCCUUUGGGAUGUGGUGACAAAUGAGGACGCUGUUUCAAUGGUCAAGUCUAUCGAAGAUCCAGAAGAGGCAGCAAAGAGAUUGAUGCAGGAAGCUUAUCAAAGGGGCAGUGCAGAUAACAUUACUUGUGUCGUCGUCCGUUUCUUGGUUGGCCAGACAAGUUCUCAACAGUAAAUGCUCUUCUCUCCGUUCUUCAAACAAAAUGAUUAGCUGCACAUUUGUUGAAGAAAUGGACUGGAAAGUUGACUGAUACUUUCUAAAAUUAUGGCUAUGUCUCACCUGGUUUAUGAGUGUCUUAUUGAUUUAUCUAUCUCAUCUUUUACCAUUUUGUUUAUUCUUUAAUUUAUGACGCAUAUAGAAAAACAACUGCCAUUGCCGUCUCUAGAACAUCUUCUCUUGCUGCCCUGUGCUAACCCGUCUUGUGUGCCGAAGAACGUUGUAAGAUCUUGUAAAGACUUUCCCUUUUCUGUUCAAUGUAGUGGGUGCUUGCCUCUCUC